UUUAAUUUAUAGUUCUAAAAUACUUGUCCCCUCACCUCAAUCAGAUCACGAGGACGAGGGGUUUGCAUGUGGAUACGGAUCCAAAGACUCUAGUAACUGUCAAAGACGGAGCUGGAAACGCGAGGAGGAAAAGGACAGUCUUGUCCCCAAGAGGACCAACACCAGCAGCGGAAAGGACAAGAAACUGACAGGCUCCAGCAGACGUUCAGCCAUGCAUGGCUCCACCCUUAUAUUCGUCCUCAUUGGGAUGCUCCUGUACUUAAUUAUGGGAGCUCUGGUGUUCAAUGCCCUGGAGGCUCCAAAUGAGGAAGCCCAUCAUGUCGCGCUGCAAGCCACCCGUGAGGUGUUCUUGGACAGCUACACAUGUGUAAACCCUGAGAAUCUAUCGUAUCUGAUAGAUGUGGUGGCAGAGGCUAUCAGUGUUGGAGUUGACCCCAACAGCAAUGCCACAUUCAGUACCAGUUGGGACCUGGCCAGUGCUUUCUUCUUCUGUGGCACCAUUGUCACCACGAUCGGUUAUGGAAACAUCUCUCCAAAGACAGCGUGGGGUCAGUUCUUCUGUAUCUGUUAUACACUGGUGGGCAUUCCCUUGUUUGGAUUUCUGUUGGGUGCCGUAGGAGACCGUCUGGGGACAUUCAUUAAUCAACACCAUUGCAAAAUUUCAAUAAACUUUAUCUCCAUUCAGAAGUGGAAGGUGAGCCCAACCAUCGUACGUGUCAUCACCGCUGUGCUGUCCAUCCUGCUGGGCUGUGUUCUCUUCAUCUUUGUGCCAAUUUUAGUCUUCCAGAGGGUUGAAGAAUGGACUUGGCUACAAUCCGCCUACUUUGUGGUCAUCACCCUCACUACAGUGGGGUUUGGAGACUAUGUUGCAGGUGAUGGCGAUGCAGGUAAACAUCAUUGGUACAAGCCUCUGGUGUGGUUCUGGGUUUUGUUUGGAUUGGCCUACUUUGUGUCCAUUCUUUCCAUGAUUGGGAACUGGAUCCUAGUUCUUACCAAAAAAACCAAAGCUGAGAUGGAGGGGUUGAGAGCACAUGCCUCAGACUGGACUCAGAACAUCCAGAACAUGUCUGUGGAUUUCAACAUGUCUUCAAGCGCACCAGGCGAAAGCGGCGUCACAGGCGCCACAGAGAAAAUGGCAGUCAGGGUAGAUUCUGAGUACCGAACAGAGGUGACCCAAACAGGAAAAGAAGAAGAACAAGACAAAACCAGCCCCAAAAAACGUAUACACCAUGAGUCAAAAAACAACUCCGAGUCCCAAUCGGAGGAAACCCAAACAGACCGGGUCCCGGAGGGAGGGGGUAGCGACAAGGGCAAAGAUUUAGUGGAAAAAGAAAAACUCCAUGCCAUGCCUAAAGAUCCCAUCCUCUCUCAGCCCUUGGAUUACUUUGGGGAAAAUCUUGCAUACAUCGACGAGUCUUCAGAUGCAGUGAGUGGGAAGAUUCACCUGGACCCCCUGCUGGAUGUACCAGAAUCGAACCCAGCUUCUACAGACAGGCCCAAAAGGAGACGUCAAAGAAGACACUUGAGAAGGGAUCAACAGAAACCCAAGACCCCCAAAACCAGUCCAAACGAAUCAGAGAAUAAAGCGCCAAAUGGUGACAUUAGGCAGAAAGAUCCACCUACGCCAAAGCUGUGAGUGUCAGGGUGUUCUUGAGGUUUGUAGCUCCUCAGAAAAUCCUCUUUGGAGUAUAGUUUUGCAACUUCGCUAGCUUUAGGAUAUGCUGUGCUCCACUGGGAAGGCACCUGGCAUUAUUCUCAGAUUUUACUGGGACAAAAUAAA